AAAUCCCUGUGGGUAAAGAGUGUGCCAGCAUGUGUCCUGAUGUCCUCUUCUUUAAACCUCCUGUGUCAUAGAGGAAAAUAUAGACACUGGUGUAACAGAGAAAGACAAACAACAGAACAAUCCAGAGUCUUUGGUUGAUUUCCGUGUUCUCUUCUGUUUGUUUAAAGGACCUACUCAAUUUCCAAAACAGUUUUCUUGGAAUAACGCCUUUCAGGAAAGUUUACAGUCGUGUGUACGAGACAGAACUAAGGACUUGAGUCUCGUGCGCUCAGCGUCAUGCCGGCUGGGUUUCAACAGUUAGGAGGGGAGAGAAUAACAGGAACUCUUGCACUAUCAGUGUUCUCAGCUGUGCUGGGUUCCCUUCAGUUUGGUUAUAACAUUGGAGUGAUCAAUGCUCCUCAGAAGAUCAUUGAGCAGGAAUAUAACUCAACAUGGACGGAAAGAUACUCAGAAACAAUCCCUCCACAAACCCUGACGUCAUUGUGGUCCCUCUCCGUGGCCAUCUUCUCCAUUGGUGGCAUGUUGUCCUCCUUCUCUGUGGGAAUCAUCUCAGAGUUUUUUGGCAGGAGGAAAGCAAUGCUUAUCAAUAACCUGCUUGCAUUCAUUGGUGGAGGCCUGAUGGGGAUGUCCAAAAUCUGCCGAUCAUUUGAAAUGAUGAUUUUAGGACGCUUCACGAUCGGGGCAUAUUGUGGGUUAGCAUCAGCAUUGGUGCCUAUGUAUGUGGGUGAAAUUGCCCCAACCAAUCUGAGAGGAGCACUGGGUACACUGCACCAGCUGGCCAUUGUCACAGGCAUCCUAAUCGCCCAGGUCUUGGGUCUUGAGUCUCUGUUAGGCAGUGAGAAACUAUGGCCUGUGCUCUUGGGAAUCACAGUGAUCCCUACAGUCCUACAGAUGGCGCUGUUGCCUUUCUGUCCUGAGAGCCCACGCUUCCUCUAUAUUAUCCGGUGCCAGGAGCACCAUGCAAAAAGUGCUUUAAGGCGUCUUACUGGGCGUCUGGAGGUCAGUGAUGAUCUGGCUGAGAUGAAGGAGGAGAAGAGAAGGAUGGAAAUGGAGAGGAAGGUGUCUAUACCUGAGCUCUUCCGCUCUCCUCUCUAUCGGCAGCCCAUCAUCAUCUCGAUCUUGCUUCAGCUCUCUCAGCAGCUGUCGGGAAUUAAUGCUAUCUUCUACUAUUCAACUGAUAUCUUUAAGAAUGCUGGGGUGGAGAGUCCUGUAUAUGCCACUAUAGGGGCUGGAGUUGUCAACUGUGCCUUCACUGUAGUCUCACUUUUUCUGGUGGAGAGGAUGGGCCGCCGGACGCUGCACAUGCUAGGGCUUGGAGGAAUGUGUAUCUGUGCCAUUAUAAUGACAAUUGCCCUCGCGUUAUUGGACACCGUUCCUUCAAUGAGCUAUAUUAGCAUGCUGGCCAUUUUUGGUUUUGUGGCUUUCUUCGAGAUUGGUCCAGGACCUAUUCCAUGGUUCUUUGUGGCUGAGCUCUUCUCACAAGGACCUAGACCUGCGGCCAUGGCAGUGGCUGGCUGCUCCAACUGGACAGCCAACUUUAUCAUUGGCAUGUGCUUUCCGUAUGUUGCUAAUCUGAGUGGUCCAUACGUCUUCCUCAUUUUUGCCAUCUUCCUCCUCUUCUUUCUGUUCUUCACGUUCUUCCGGGUUCCUGAGACACGAGGCAAGACUUUUGACCAGAUCUCAGCUGCCUUCAACAGUUAUCCACAAAACACGAUAGACAUGGAUCUGGAUAUGGAUCAAGGGAAGCACAGUACAGAGUUGGACUACCUAGGAUCUGAUGGGACAGAGAACUGAAGCCUGAGAGUGAAGAUGGUGGAUGGGGGCCAGAACUGACCUUUCAUGGGGCUUGGAAAGGAUCCAGGAAAAUGAAACACAUACCAAUAAGGAACAUUCAGAAGAGUUUGGAUAGGCAUUAUGGAGAUGAUGUUUGUUGGACGGUUUUGGGAGAUAGUGCAAUGGCGUUUGAAAAGAAGCAAGAGACUUAUGGAUUACUGCACUUUAUCUGCACAAAGGUUUCUGUUAAGACACAAAGCCAGCUUUGUAUUAUAAUUCUUAUUUUGCCAGUUUUAUUAUCAGAAUUGUUUUAACUUUAGACAAGAAAAGAUGAGACAUUCUCAUAAGAAACUAAUAAUGUCAAAAUGCUUUUUUAAUAAUCUUUGCAUAAAGCAAAAAUUUUACCAGUACAUUUUUAAAGACGAAAAAAACAUAACAUGGACACUGUUGCUUUGAAGUGUUUAGAAUUGAAAAAUUAGAUCAGAUACAAGAGUAUGGUUUAAAAAUGUGUUUUGUUUAAUGUUUAGUGACAUUUUUAUUAACUAUGUUAGAAGAAUGUUUGCGUAAAUUACAAAAGUUAACCAUUAAUGAA